AUGAGUAUUGGUGCGAUUGAGGGAGAUGAAGCUUCUGUCGAAAGUGUGGGAUUCUAUUCUAUGCUAUGCAAUACAGUGAGUUUAUUACUAUUGAUUGUAGAACGAAUUUAUCAAUAUUUAGUAAUCAAAAGCAAAUCAAAAAUAUAUAACAAAUAA